AUGUUUGGAUCAAAUUUAUCGAAAGACUAUAUAUAUAAUUAAUAGCAAAACAACACUUCAGGAUGCUAAAUAAAUAUCUCCUAACUAAGUCAUUCAUAUGUGAGAUUCCCAUUGCAAAGUUCCAUAAUGAGUGUUGAGGAAUAGAGUCCACAAUUUGUUUAAUUUGCUCAAAGCUAAAUCUACAUUCAGGAGAAUUAGGUUUUUUAAGAGGAAGAGAAUCAUAGACACUAAAAUAAAAUGCCUUAAUAACCAUAAAGAUAGUUAGAAUAAUAAGCAGGACACAAGAGAAUGACCUCAUGGCAAUAAUAAAAAUCCCCUCAAUAAUAGUCCCAAAGCAAAUCUCUAUGUGCAUCACCAUUGAGAUAGCAAUAUCGAUAAGAGGAACCUCAAAUGCACUAUCAUUAACCAUAUCAACCUUGUCCUUGUGAGUUAGAAUAAUUAUGGUAAGAAUUCUUACAAAUGAGAAUGAUGUAGCGGCAAUUUAGUAGACCUCCUCAGUAAUUUUGCCAUCACUAAAGAUGCCACUUUAUGCCUUAUUGA